CCAUACAGCCCUUCUCCUUAAAUGGUCAAAGCUCCCAGGAGUCAAAGAGGGGCUGCUGCUGAAAAAAGACAGGGAACCGAGGGGAUGUGAGAAGGAAGCGGAGACCAAGAGGCUGGAGACAUUUUCUGAGAAAAAGCAGAGUGUGGUGACAGUUGGUGGGAAGUCGGCCUGAGUGGGGAAGACCGGUGGGGACCAGAGCUGGACGCAGGUCCGAGAAGAGGCAAAGGACUUUCUGCAGGAAUCUGUACCUCGACAUAUCGCCAAGGAGUCCAGCGACGACUCCACUCCUGAGGGCAGAUUUUUUUUCCCCCUCACCCGUUCCCGACCCUGUCUGCUCCCUGCCAUGCCCACACUGCCUGAGGAAGAGGAGGACUCCCCCGAGGAUCAGGACAGUUCUUCUAGCUCUCCCAGUACGUGUGCACCUGCUGAGAGUGGCCCUGUCGUCAUGACUGGCCCCACCAUCAUCUACCCACAGAAGGCCUCCAUUGCCUUGCAAGAUGGCUGUCCUCGAGAGCAGGCCAGGCCACACAGUCCCAGAGCUCGUCUGGCCAGAAUCUCCUCUGCAGGAUCCAUCACCACAAUAGACAGCAAAGGUCACGUGAUUGACCUAUUAAAAGACAAGCUCCCGGAGAUACAGCUCUCUGAGGAGGAUCGUCAAAAAAAUCUGGAGCUGUUGGAUCAAGCCAAAAAGGUCAGCGACCGCUUCUUGAUGCGCCGGGGCCGACGUUCCACAAGCAGCCUUUCCGACUGUACCGCAGAAGAGACACACAGUCAACAGAUGAUCAGUCAGCAUCUGGACGUGGCCUCGGUGAGGGGCCAAAAGGAUGUGGAGGGCAGCAGACUAGCAGUGGAUUGGAAGCCCGCAGAGAAGAGGAAAGUGUCCUCUGGGACACUAACACCCCGUUUUGCCAUUCCAAAAGAGAACUGUGAACCCAAAAGUCCCCAAGGAACAAAUAAAAGUGACGAUGGAGGACGAAUUUCCAACCAGGCGCCGGCUACUGGGGUUGCCAAGCCCGUCCCUCGACCCCCGACGCAACAGGCCCCAUGCACUGCUGAAAUAAAAACAAUUGGUGCCUUUCCACCACUAAUGAGGGCUGUCUCCUGGGAUGCCAUCGGGGGCAUUAACUCUAGAAAUGGAGCAGAGGACACAAGCUCGGACAAAGCCCGGGAUGGUAUUUUAAAAACUUCGGGGCUCAAAGAAAUCCCUGCACCCAAACUGUCCAAAUUCAGAGAGGAGCACAAGCUGAUGCGUAACCAAACCACAGUCAAAUCCAAGUUACCAGACUUGAGUGAAGCUGCUGAACAGGAAAAAGCACCUGCGUCAUCUCCAAACUCACCCCCGAGCAGCGAGGAGACUAAGUCGGACGCCAUGCCACACAUCUCCGACGUCAUGCUGCGAAAACUCAAACUUCAUCGUGGACUUCCCGGCUGUCCCCCUCCUCUCACUGAAAAAGAAGUUGAGAAUGCGUUUGUCCAGCUGUCACUGGCCUUUCGUAAUGAUAACUACACCCUGGAGACACGCCUCAAACAGGCAGAGAGAGAGAGGAACCUGACUGAGGAAGAUACACAAAAAGAACUUGAAGAAUUCAAAGGCGCGCUGAAGAUGACUGCCCCACAGUGGCAAAACCUAGAGCAGCGUGAGGCCUACCAGCGGCUCAUUGAGACGCUAGCAGUAUUGCAUCGGCUGGCCACUCGCCUCUCAAGCAGAUCCGAGAUAGUUGGAGCAGUUCGACAGGAAAAACGCAUGAGCAAAGCUACCGAGGUCAUGAUGCAAUAUGUUGAAAAUCUCAAGAGGACCUAUGAGAAAGAUCACGCUGAGUUGACAGAGUUUAAAAAGCUGGCUAAUCAGAACUCUAAUCGCUGUUACGGAGGUUCCGUAGAUACUGGCGAUGAUGGAGUCUCUCGAGCUUCAAGAUCCAUGUCGCUCACUCUCGGGAAGGCGCUCCCCAGACGCAGGGUGAGUGUUGCCGUGGUGCCUAAGUUUAACCUACUGAAUAUCCCAGGGCAGACUCCGCCAGCUGCCACCCCCACUGCGCCGUCACCUUCCACUCCUGGUGCUGCUCUUCCUGCCUUGAGUGAAGCGAGUGAUGUGAAAGGAAACUCCUCACCAGAGUCGACACAGCAAGCGACAACAGAGUGUGGAAAGAGCGUGUCGGAGCAGGAAGGCGAGUCAGCCAAACCCGCCAUCAACUUGGAGGAGAUCAGAGCGGAAAUCAGGGCAGAGCUCAAGGCAAAGAUUGAGGAAGAGGCAUACAAUAAAGGCUACCAAGAAGGACUGAAGCAAAACAAAGCAAACCAGGAGGAAAAGAAUGAAAAGGAGAAAGAAGCUGCAGACAAGUUGCUGGAAUCAAAAAUAAGGGAUGAAGAAAGUGGAAAGAAGAUCAAAGCAAACCGAAGGAUGGAGGAGGUCCUGAUCCUUCUUCGUCGCAUUUGCCCCAAGAUUUCAUGGAGCAAACGGCUUCUCUGGAUCACGUUGGUGGUUUUUCUGCUGAUGUGUCUGUUUAUCAGCAUUUUCACUUUCUUCACUGGCUACAACAGCAAGCGUGAUGACACAUGAGAACACGAGCACUUUAUUCAAGGUCGGACCACUGUGUUUGAACCAAAGAAUUGCAUCAGUGACAGCAUCUCUGUCUUAGUCAAUUUACUCCACAGUGGAACAGCUGAAUGCAGUUAACAAAUAGGUUUCGGUGGCCAUCUGUACAAAGUUUCUUACAGUUACUACUUGUUCACUUCAAUUUAGGGACCAAAUACAAUUGUGGUACAUGAUGUGAAUAUGCUAAAUAUGGCACUUUUGAUAUAAAGUUAGUUGGGCUAUUACUCGGUGGUGCAUAGCUAAGAUGUAGGAAAUAUUCUUUUAGGAUUAUUUAUGUAAUGUUCAUUUAAAGAUUAUUAAAUACAAAUGAUUUUCAAGCACAGUGGAACUUUGAAUGCCUCAAAAGCGGUACAACUUGGGGUUCAACCACAAUUUUACGUCUCACAUGACUUCAACAAAUCUACCUAGCAGAUGCGACAAUACUGUAAAAGCCAUGUUUAAUGACUACACAGCACUUAUUUAGUUCAUUGCUAGCUUUUAAAAACUACUUGGUGAAAGCAUCCCCUUCUGUUCCUUCACUAUUAUGUGUCUGUCAUAAGUCUUCGAAGGGUGAGUAGUUUAUUAUACUUAUUUCAAAGCUGUUCACAUGUCUUUUACCUUGGAUGUAGCCUGUUAGCAAUAGUCUGACUUUGCAAUAUUUUCUAAAGUAAAACUGCUUUGAUAAAAGUGUAACCUAGCAGUCAUUCAAAUUGUGUUCAGGGGUGUCCAAACUUUUGCUCUAAGGGCUGCCUACAGAAAAAUCCACGGAUACAAGGGCCAACUUGAAAUCCUUCCAUUUCCAUUUGUUAAACACAACAAUAUAAAGUAUAUAAUCAUAUCGGGCAGCACUAGCAAUAUGUAAGUAUGUACAAGAUGUCUCUGAGCUGAUCACGUGACCAUAAAUCAGGCCCGAUCACGUCACUUUCAGAGGAUCAGAGCCAGUAAAAAAAACAUUUGAGUUUUUAAAAAAUAUUUAUUUAUUUCAUUGGCUGCUAAUUUGACUGGAAGUGCAGCUGACAUCUUUUUCCCGACAAUGGCAGUAAAACGAUCAUUCAAUGUCAGCCUGUCCAAUUGAAAUGAACUGAAUGUCUAUAACUGUCAAUAGCAGUGAAUGAGUUAAGGGCUAUAAGCAACAAAAUAAUCCACAGGCAUAAGGAUAUUGGAAAUAUAUAUAUGGCGGAAAAUGCUCACAAAGCUGAAAAGCAGUUUCUGCUGUUGCACACCUCUUUAAAAUACACCGCUGUAUUUUAAGCCAAAAGAACUAUUGUGUUUAAUAGAACAAUAUGUCUAUAUGCUGCCAUAGCAGUUUUAUGGCACAUUCUGCCCCUAGACUAUUUUUAAAUUGUCCGUUUUAACCUGGAGACCCCCGUUUACAGACACUGAGCAACCGCUUUUGUUUCAACCCAGCUAUAAAAAGAAGGUACAUAAUUAUAUUAAUUAUUCGAAAUGUCUAUCAUUUUUAGCUUAGAAUCAUUGAUUUCUAAUAUUUAGUAAGAAAAAAAAAAGACGAUAAAAUCACAAUGAAAAAAAUUGUGUCUGUAAAUAGGUCAUAGAUAUCUACCUCAUAACGAUCACUUAUUUUCCCGAUAUUUUAGAUGAUAAAUAAUCGAUCCAAACAAAGAAAAAUUGACAAAGAAAAACAUUUAAAAGGGUAAAUAUUUGAAAAAGAAAAUCUCAACCACUCCUUUUUGUUCGUGACUUCAGCAUCGUGACCCUUGUUAUAUUGCCGUGUUUCACCCAUAAAAUCUCUACAAAGUCCAGCUGUGGCCAUUCAUAGCUGUUUCUUGACAAGUUUUUAGAUCGAAACAAGGUAAGGAUGCAAUAAUUUCUUGUUAAAAUCAGCGUGUCUUUAAUGAUGCUCGCUCAUGCUCGCACUUCAAGUAACCGGAAAGCCACAAAAAGACAUUGCAGUCAAGAAGAAUUAUGGACACAGCAAGCUAACUGACUAGCGUGCUGUGCAUUAUCUUUUCGACUCUUUUUCCGUUUGGAUUGCUUAUUAAUAUGAUAUCGAUGCAUUAGAUAUAUUAAAUGCUUAAAUCAUAAAGCAUAGGUCCUAGUCUUCAAGGCUAAAUACAAUAAAUAGUGUUGUGUAUUCACAUUUACAGUGGGGCGAAUACGUAUUUAGUCAACCACUAUUUGUAAAAGUUCUCCCACUUGAAAAUAUUAGAGAGGCUUGUAAUUGUCAACAUGGGUAAACCUCAAUCAUGAG